CGGAUCUCAGAGAAUAUCUAGAGCUGAGAACAACUCAUUUUAAAGUGCCGCUAAGACCUAAACAUCAUUACACUCUUCAUUAUCCUCGUUACAUGUUAUGGAUGGGACCGAUAAUAUCGUACUGCACACUUUUCUGCGAAAGAAAGCAUUGCUUUUUCAAACGCUGUCUUAGGACCACUAUAAACUUUAAGAACGUUGUUAAAUUUUGUAGUGAACAAUAUCAGUAUUACCAGGGUCUUUUAAAUACGCAAACCGAACGUUUCAGAAACAACUUUCUAUUGGAAAAAUUUGUAGACAAUAUUUCGAACGUACCGAAGUCUCUUCAAAACGCAUUGCACGCCAUCAGGCUAGAUGAUUCUAGAAAUGUAUUCGUCGAGAAAGGUACAUUUAUGGGAUAUACGUAUUCAGUAGGAGACUGCCUUUUCUUGCGCCAUGAUGAGUAUGGAGAAUGUUUUUAUGUUUUGAAAAUCAAAUUGUUAGUUUUCAACCCAAAACAUGAAAGUAUUACAAUGUUCGGAAGCGAACUUAUUGCUGUUGAUAUUCAUGAACGAGGGCUUAUGGAAAUAAAUCCAACCUAUGAAGAAAGCGAAAAACUUGUCAGUUCACCACUUGAAGAAUUCAUUGACCGAGCCCCUUUGACUUUAUUUAUGGAGAACAAUAAAAUGUAUCUUUUUAUUAAGCACUCGAUUCCGCCGAUCCCGGAACAAAAUAUUUAGAACUCAAAAUGUCAAUAACACCAUAUAAAAUAUGCGAUUCGUCACGUCAAGCAAGACACGUAGUCUUUGCUAAUGGUACCAUCAACAGCUUAAUUGAAGAAGGUAAUUAUUUUUGCCAGACAUUGUCGAUAAGAGGAACGCAUUAACAAAUUAUAUUUCAGCAACCAAAAAAUUUCAACGACCAUUCCGUAACAUUGUGCUUGCGAGCGAUGGGUGCGAGCUAUCCUGUGAUAUAGCAUUAUCUGCGUUCAACAAAGAACUACUGAUGUUAUUGGAAUUCGAAGAGAUCUGGACUCCUGAAGGAUUUUAUGCUAACGAUACACAAACACUAAGAAAAGAACAAGAACUUCAACAAAUGCCUAUAGAUCAGUUAAUAGUUUCACCUAUCCAGAACACGCACGCUAUAGGUGGAGCAGAAUCGUCGACAUUGCAGGCAUUCAAUAUUGAUCCAAACGUCAUGACCAUUAUUCCCAACCAAUCCAUAUCUGUAUCAAAUCCUCUCAUUGAGAGAUUUUUAGCUAGAGGAAUAACGGAUCAGGAUAUUUCAUUACAACAACCGUCCACAUCACAGCAUGUAAAUGACACAGAUUAUUCGAUUACUGAACAGGAGGACAACGUCAACCAAGUAUCGGAUAAGGACUCAGACGAUCCUACGAUUGAAGAAAACCAAUCUUAUAACCUGACAAGAAAGCGACCAGAAUCCGUAGAAGUACUAAAAAGUACAAAAAAGCAUGCUGCUUCUGAAAUGAAAUUUCGUUGCUUUGAAAUUAAUUGGAACAAACUGAGCGAUAAUAUUUUGAAUAAGCUUAACACUUUGCAAGAAUUUAAAAUUAAUAACCCUAAUGCCCAGAUUCCAGCUGCACUUCGCAUGACUAAAGGUGAUACCAGCAGUUUAAUCAACAAUAUCGUUGAUCAGUUAAGGGCGAUUGAUACCGAUAUAAAGGCAAGUGUAAUGGAAACAGUCGCUAAACAGUUGCUUUCCAAAUAUUCAUGCCUCGAGAUGGUCGAUGAUGAUGGAUAUAAGAACGGGACGGACCAUGUUGUUAUUAAGCACAAAAUGAUCAGCCACAACGCGUAUUUGAAUCGCUUUCGACCAUUCCAGGAGAACAUUCCUCCCUCCAAUAAAGGACGAAACGUACGAGCUGGUACAUUGAAGAGCUAUUGGAAAUGUUCGAAGAAGGAAUGCGCGAAAGAUGUACUGUCUAAGCUCCGUCGAGAUGAACCGGAAUUGUUAACAGACGAAUUUCUUGCAUCGUCGCAAAGUUUUGUUAGAUAUCAACUAACUGAAACUAAGGAUAUCAAGAAGCUACUGUCGGAAUACCCUGUUCUACGACGGCGAGGUUUAUUGAAUUACCACUUUGCGCAAGCCACAGGGGUUUGUGUUGAUGAUUUGCGCAAAUAUUAUGAUAUGAAGCGACCAAAGAUAAUCAAUUACUCUAUUACUGCUGGUCGAAAAUUUGUGAAACUCGACAACGAAUGCAGUGAUAUGGAAGUACUUGGGUUUUUGGCUUGCCUUGUAGGAGAGAACAUCAACGAUCUAAUUGUCAAAAAGGAGAUUGGAACACACCUCGACGAGAUUCAAUUGGAUUCAGCCGGACCCCUACUGGUAUCUGUGGAUAUGGGACAAGAUACUUCAAUAUACUACGUUUUCGCUGAUCAGGCGCGCCUCUCCGAAGGUACUGCUGAUGCCAUUUGUGCCAUGCAAGAUCUGCUGUGUGUACAUUUUGUGCACAGCUUUAAGUAUCUGAAAAUAGCAUCAAAGUUUCUAGAGCUUUUGCAACAGUAUUUUUUAAAGAUAAUACCUUCAUCUGGAUCCAAAUCGAAUGCUUACAGGGUAGGCAACAAACAGCGCAUUGUUCAAAAAGUUAUUGAACUAUUGUCGAGACAUGUAUACAAAUAAGACUACUAUAGAAAAUUAAGCGAAAUCGAGUUAGGAUUUGGAAGAGGGAAUUUAAGCAGAGUAACAAAAGUUAUAGAUUUAGUAAACUUGAACCGAUAUUUUAAGUUAUCAUAGAUCUUUCAUGUAAGGUUUUCUUAUUUGAUAAGCUGAUGUUAUUAUUUUGCCAGUCCAAAUGGUUUUAGUUGAAAUCAGCAAGUAAAAGUAAGCACCUAAAUAUCUCUUUUGUAACAUUAUAUGUAGACCAUUAUUUGCUUUCUACAUAACCGGUCAGUAACAUGUGAUUAAUAAAAAUUAUAACAAAGCAACUGUUUUUUCUUUU